AUGGUGGUGGUGGAAACACAGGCCGGAAAGCGCUGCGCUCAGUUACAGUACCAGCUGGACACGGCGUUGAUCGAUUUGGCUGGCUGCCAAAGUCAGCUUGUUCGAUCGGUACCUAUUGAAAAAUACGAUAAGUUGGUGAUGCGCUACAAAAAGGAAUGUGUCGCUGAGGUGUUGGGCAGUGAGCUGGACGAGGUGGCGAGGGAGACUGUCGUUUCGAUCGCUGCGUCCACCGACUCGAAAACCGACGAACUGGAGGCGAAGAACUCGUACCUAAAGAAGAUCGUCGAAGUGCUCAGCGAGCAGAACGACUUUUGGUCGAAAGAGACUGAAAUCCUUCAAAACGAAAACGAGGAACUGAAACGAUUCGUGGAAGACAUGGAAAACGAGAGCGAUCUGAAAUAUUUUAGAAAAGCCCGAGAUGCGGAAGAGAGCUUGGCGAAAGGACGUAGAGAAUGGGCUGCUGAACGGACGCGACUCAUCUUCUCCAUCAGAACGCUACAAACAGCUCUAUCUACCGCUCACCUGAAUUCACUUAAUGGUCUCACUCUGCCACAAAUUGAAAAGCUCAAAGCAAAGAUUCGUGAAGUUCGUGAGAACGAGCUCGCUAUUGAUCAAACAAAGAGCAAGAUUGAAUCGAUUCGUAACGAACUCGAAGAGCAACUCGUAGUACAGAAGUCUAUUCGCAAAGCCAGAGAGAAUGUAGCUGAAGAAAAUGGUGACGUUCCCAAGCUGGAACGAAGACUGCAAACGGUGUACAGUAGUCUCGAACUGCAAACGAUUGCUAGCGACCGUAUGAAAAAUACGAGGAAGGAAAAGCAGGUGGCUGAGCCUGUGUCAAAUGGAGAAUCCAGGAGGGAACCCACGAUUGAGCAGCUGUCCAGCUCCAGAGAAGGAUCAGAAGCUUCCACGACGGACUCUGAUGGAGUGACGGUGAAGACGAUUCUCCAGGACAAUUCCAAGGAAUUCGAAAAGCAGUUGGCCAAGAUGAAGGAAGCUGCCGAGAUUUGUAUCCAAAACUAUAAGAAACAACUGCUCCAAAAGGAAGAAGCUCUGAGGAUAUUCCGUGAACUCGCCGAAGAAAAGCUUGCCACCAGUUCACGUCCUAUCGUCGAGAAGGAAAUCACUUGGGGGGCGUCGAGGAAGUUGAAUGCCAAACCGACACACAAACUGAAGAGUCGGUCGGUCCCCGUCGAAAAGGAGAAGGAUACGAGCAAGGAGAAGAAUGAAUCGUCACGAACCCCACCGGAGUUCGACGACUUUGAGGCGAAUACGGAGAAGAAGCUGGAAGCAGAACGAGCCAGGUAUAAGAAUGAAAUCAAGCAGCUGCAGGCGAAACUCCGUCGGAUGGCAGCGAAUAAUAAGGAGCUACUUUUGACGUGUGAGAAGAUCCGUGAAGAUGCGUUAGCCGAAAUUGAAGCAAAAGCGGCAUCAAGAAUCAAGGAGUCAGAUGAACAAGCCGUUUUGAAGAUACGGUACGAUCUCGAGAAGCUACGAAAAGAAAACAAAACACUGAAAAAGACAGUUGAUGAGCAGAAGAUGGCCCUUGACAGUCUAAAGAAAACAUCAGAUCAGGGACUAAAGAAUCCUGAGUCAGAAAUUUCGAAAUGGAAUGAGCGAAAGAAAAUUGAAGAAAGUCUGAGUUCCGUGAAAAGGAAACUGUCAUCCGCCCUUGAACGCGAGAAGGAGCUUCAAGAACGCCUCAACAAACGAGACAGGGUGAUCGCUGACUUGAGAAGAGAUGAGGAAAUGCGGCAGAAGGAACUCGAUCGUUCUCAAAGAAAACUCGUCCAAAUUCAGGAAGAGAAGGACAAAUUGGUCAGAGAGAACAGCGAAACGGUGAAAUUGAAAUCGCGUUUGAACGAGAAGGUCGACGAAUUGGAGAAAAAGGCUGAAGAAGUUUCGUCUCUCUCCAUCAGGCUGUUAUCUCUUCAGGAAGAGUACUCAAAAUUAACCAGGGAUUAUGAGAAGACAAGGGCGGAACUCGAGUAUCGGAUGGCAGUCUCUCAACGAGUAGAGCGCUCUUCGAAAGCCAUCCAAGUAGAAACUGCGACUAAGGCAGUGAAAUGGGCACAGACAUCGAAUGGCCAGAGCACAGACAUAACAGACCGUAAAGUCACUCAAGUAGAGAAAAUAGACAGGGCUGUGGAAGUUCGAGGAACAGCUCGACAAGACACAUCUGAAAUGAAGGUGAUUGUGGCGAUGGAUGACACUCUUGUAUUUCAGCUGAGAGAAACCAAGAAAAACAUGGAAAAGGUACGCUUCAUCAAAUUUUCCUCAUCAAAUAACACGUUCUUGGACCCAGCCCGCAUUACCUUUCAACCGCCUCUCAAAUAG